AUGGCUCAAAAAUUCAUCUGGUUCAUCCGAUAUUAUCUCGAAACAAAUGUUUAUUUUGAUAAUAAAUAUAAACAAUUAUAUGUUAGACGACCAUGGGAUAGUGAAACAACAUUUAUAGAUCUUCCCAAUAAAUUAUGUCAAUUAUUAAAUAUACGAGGAUUUGAAAAAAAUAUUCGAUUUUUAUUAAAAGGAACAAUUGAAGAGAUUCAAAAGCACUUCACUACAAAUUCAAUUGAAAUACCAACUAAAAAAGACAUCGUUAUCUUAGAACGAUUGUCAAGAUCUGAUGUUCUCCAACAAUCAAAACCGUCUGCCACACCUUCACCUAAGUCAAGUGAGACUACAACAUCUCCACCUGAGUCAAACAAAUCUACCUCUUCUAUUAAAAACAAAGAAACCCGUAGUAAUAAACAUGAAUAUACUACAGAACCGACGGAAACAUUUAUUGAUAAUUCAACAAAUCGAAAAUAUACAACUGAUACUGUACUUGCCUUACAACAACUUAAUCAAGGUUUUCCACAAUAUUAUCCAUUUUCUUGUUCUGGUAAUUAUGUGUUAAUAGAAAUUAUUGCUUAG